CCGGCUCCGGAGUGAACGUCGGUUCGUCGCCGAUUCGUCGGAAGCGCGCACGCGUGACAGUACAAGAGAAUAGCCGUCGGUGCCUAAUUGCGUUGAGAAUGAAAUUCAUUCCUUGGCUGAGCUUGGGACAGUACAAUAGUGGCAGUAGCAGUAACAGUUGCAACGGUAGUAGUAGUAGUGCUAACAGUAGCAGUGGUGUGUCGUUUCGGCGUGACAGUACUGGGAAAGCGAGCAGGACGUACAACCGGCAAGAUCACCGGAUACUAUAAGAUACACACACACACACACAUAUACGCGCUUUACCGUGUAAAAGAAAAAGAAACGCGACUUAGACGACUCUUGCGAAUUUACGCGCGCGCACGCGUGCGCGCAGCUUCACGUCCGCAUACACAUUCGCAUCACACGACGAUUAACGAGGAACAGUGAAGUUUAUAGUGAUCGGAGUGAAGUGAGCAAAGUGUGUUCAUACGAAUUCGAUUGAAUCUUUAGUGGAUAUUGAUCGGCUUAUUAAUAAUGGAUGUAAUGCAGAAUUGGAAUUACGUCCCGUUGGAGAUGCGUAUGCGUAGGAAAAGGACGCACUACCAGAAUAUCAGUACGUGCACCACUAUCCGGACUAUAGCUUUAUUUGCUUAUCAGUGGGAAGAAAAUCAGUGGCAGAAAGUCGAUCCUGUAAUAAGGGACGAUUCCCCGAAAGAGGACGCGAGGAUCGAGUUACGGGAGGACGACCCACAUUGCAAUGAAAUUUGGACUGAACUGAAAAUGACCGAGGAAGAAGUGGAAUGGUGUAAGAGGGAAAAAGAUUGGACGGAAAGGAGAAAGUGCGACGAGGCGGAUGACAAUAUCUAUAAUGAAGAGAAUACGAUGUGUUGCGAAAACGAUGACAUGUACGAGAGAUAUGAUUCCAUCGUCACCUGCUGGAAUGACUCUCCGUUGUUGCGUAUUACUGACGAGGGUUUGACUGGUCGCGAAAUGUGUUGUUCUGAAUAUAUCCUUCACAAGAUAUUCUUGCGAAAAGACUCUGUCAAUUGUACAUUGAACUCGGUCAAUCCGUCGGUUAUGCCUACGUACACGUCUGACAAUCGCAGCACCAGUGAAGACCACAUUAGUAAAUCGACGUUAGUAAAACAGGACGAGCAAUGUUGGUCGAUGUGUCAAAGAGUAACACCGAGAAGGAGCGUUCUGAAAGCACAUACAGCGCAAGCCUUAGUCAAUACUACGAUUCUAUCUGCGACACAUUCGUUGUCAUUGAGUCCAUUGAUGGGAACACCAUCGAAUAUCUCCUGUCAAGAUUCUCGAAUUAGCAGGAUUCUUGAGAGCGACGGCGACUCACCGAGAUCGGCAUCGCCACAGAGCUCCGAGCCAGACGAGGACGACGCGAUUUUCCGAAACGAAAAGAGAAGUUUUGAGAAGUUGUCCGAUUACAUAUCGGAGGGAGCGGCGUCGGCGAGCAGGGACACAUCGGGAUCGGGGAGUGAGAGCCCCGCUCAGCAGGACAGGCUGUCUCCUGUGCGCAGGAAAGAGAAGGAAGAUCUAAAAAUCGUAAGAAAAGAGCCAAAGAUGUCGAGGGGGAGCGACAUCAUCAACACCCUCAACGAUCACUGCUAUCAUCAACCCAGAAGUAUGGAGCGAUUAGUAAAACGACCGACAUUUUCCGAAACCGACGAGGAGGAAGAGAUCGAUGUGGUUUCAUAUGAGAAGAAAGCGACAUACUUGAACUUCGCGCAGAAGCAACACGAUGAAAAUCAGUUGGCCUUGAACUUCGCGGAGAAACAACAGAAUGCAAAUCAGGUGGCCAUGAACUUCGCAGAGAAGCAACACAAUGCAAAUCACCUGGCUGCGAACAUAGACAAGACAACCGUGCGCCGACCCCGCGGUAGGCCACCAGGCCCGAAUUCUGCAAAACGAAAGAGAGCCGCACAGAUCUGCUCCAAUGAGGCAUCUGGCCCACCUCUCAAACAAGCUCGGGUGCAAACCUAUCAACGGGGGCAGAAGCGACAGAAAUGUGCAAGGCAGUGGCGGACUCAGACCUUUGAGGUCGAUGAUGAGGAGGACAAGAGGAAUCUGCAUAACAACAUGGAGCGACAGCGGCGAAUAAGCAUGAAGAACUUCUUCGAUGUGUUGAAGCAGCAUGUGCCAGCGAUCGCGAAUAAAGAGAGAGUUGCCAAAGUGACUAUUUUGAGGCAGGCCAAGGUGUAUAUCAAUACGUUAGAAGCCGAGGACAUUGUCAUCCUGCCGGAGAGAAAAAAAUUGGAAAGGCAACAGCAGAUACUCAAAAAGAAGCUCGAGGAGCUGCAGCGGCUACAAAACAGGAUGCUUCGUUUGCAGCGGCGAUAUUGAAGGAGGAAAAUCCGUGAGCAGUCUCGUGGCGGGAUUUGUAUCGAUUUUACGCGACACAAACGAUAUCGAUGUGCGAAUUGAAUGCGAUAUAAAAUCCGGCCGUAACAGUAGUGGAAAAGGACGUAGUGCACGCCAAAGACCUUAAAACUGUGUGAGGCUGUGAAACGGAAACACGAUAUUAAUAUUUAGGGGAGUGCAAGUGAUGACAGAGUGAAUGCGCGUAUUCUGAGAUAAAAUUCGAAGAAAUAACGAGAGAGAGAGAGAGAGAGAGAGAGAGAGAGAGAGAGAGAGAGAGAGAGAGAGAGAGAGAUGUGGGAAGAGUGUGUUAUUGUAUAAUUUUUUUUAUAUAUCUAUUCUUAAUAUUCGGAUUUUAUACAACUAUUACAACGACGAGACAGCAUCGCUGCCGACCAAGUGCGCGUGAAGGUAACGAAACUGUCGAUAUGAACUUAUUACGGGUACGAAAAUGAUCAGCCGUUGUUGAGAUAUUAAUUAACGUGAUAAAUUAUGCGAAAAUCAAAAACUUUUUCGAUCGUUCAAUGAGAAUUCUCGCUUGAUACCGCUUUGAUCGACUUGAUCGAAGACAUUCUCUGGUAUCUCGUCUUUAAUAUCGCGUUCCUUUAGCGAUUCGCUUCAUGUCAAUGAUCACGCGAAACGUCCAAUCUGCUACACCUCAGCGAGUCAUUGGACGCAUUUUAAUUUCCGUCGCGUAGAUAAAGCGAAUCGGUUGAACGAACGGAGAAAGUUUUAUCACGAUAUUGCUCAACAACCUGAUUACCGGUUCCUAACCGGUUCGCCGGUCUUGGGGUGUGUUUGUACCCGUUUUAACCAUUUUGUAGAGACAUAUGUGCAUAUGCGUAUAUUUAUGUAUGCAUGUACAAAAUAGAAAGAAAGAAAAGUAAAAAAAAAAAAAUGAGAAAAACGCGUACUUCGGUCGCUGGCAAUCGAUUCUUUUCCAAAACCUACAUCGAUAACCAAGAAAAAGAGUGGCUUGAGUUUCUCGUAUCAUCGAAGCAGAAAAAGCGAAUUGUGCUCACGAUGAAUCGAUGGUUACUGUCAUUCGAGAUCUCAAGUUUAACUCUUUUAUACGCGAUAUUAUAAACAUUUAAUUAUCCCGGACUAUGUGAAUUUGACAAAAUCAUUGACGUGAAAUUGACAAUGACAAUUCGUCAGUAAGAAUACAAGAAAAGGUAUUUUUUUCGAUGACGAAUAUAUAAAGACUCAAAAUUCCCAGGAAACAAGACAAACUUCUCUCUUCGAGGUUUGGUCUCUCUCAGGUAUUCAGCGCAUUCGAAGUUCUUUUUUAAUUGCGCUCUAUAUGGACAUAAUUGGUACCAAGUUUAAGGGCACUAAUUAACUGAUAAUGUUUCCCUUCUUUUCUCCCGUAUUUCCUUUCGAUUUAAUUUCUGCGGAAAAGGUCUCUUAAGCGAUGACCGACCUAGUCGCGCGACCUUGAUAAAGACAAAUUUCCCUGCCUCGAGUCUUCUUUAGCAACCUGUGCGAAAGUAGCUGCUUUCGGCUAUGCACUAUUAAGUGGAGUAAGUAAAUAGGUAGGUAGAAACACAAAACAUAAAAUGAUGAAUCAGUCAAGAAAAUAGGUAGAAAUAGUUCACAGAAUGACGACGCAUAGACAAUGUGUGGUGUUUUCAUUAUUUGCUUUAUAUUGUGUCGCUUUACCAUACGUACAAUUGAAUUACAUCAAUAAUCGAGAGAGUAGCUUUUCUUACUUGGGGAACACACAUAUAUACUCUAUUCGAUUACAUGUAAAGCGACGCCAUGCGAACA